AGAUCCUUAAAAGACAAAGAUGUGUUUCAAUCUUAAGUUCCCAACCAUUCAACAAACACACAACCGUAUAUCAGCAGAUUCGGAUGGUUAUCUGGUCCAUGUUAGUGUUCACUUGAAUCAGACUUUGAUCUCGCUCUGUUUUGGUCCUGCCUGCCUUUCAGGACAUAACAAAUUGCCUCGUAUCCUCUUGCUUUGACUAAAAGUUGGCAAUGAAAGCAUCCGAGCAUUUGGAUAAAUGGUAGAUGCGUGUAAUUGCUAACAGAAAGUUAUGGUCCCUUUACAAAAGGUUGCCGCUUUGGUUCUCAGGCUAUCAUCAGCAUAGUGUCAAUUGCUGCAAAGUGAAAACUCUACCUGGAAUAUAAAACGCCGGAAAAUGCUCAAGGCAGUGCUUUGUCUUCUUGUUUAACUAAAUACUGAAUCAUUUUAGGGUCUGAUUGACUACCUACACACACUCUUAUUAAAUGACUAAGAUGUUCUUACCUCCCUUCUGUUCUAGUAUCGACAGAAAUCAAACCAAUUCUUGAAAUUCAAGGUACUUGUUUUUAUAAGAACUUGAAACAUUUGGAUGAAUUGGUUCUCUUCCUUUUAAAAGUUACACAAUAGAAUACAUGGAAAGAUUAAGGUUAAGCAGUUACAACAGCUUUGAUGGUGCCCUAGCAGGCUGGCUGGCUGGCUGGCAUUACAAUCCAACGCACCAGAAGUGACAUUAAUAUUUGGCAUUAAGCAAAGAAAAGGUGAUUCCUUGGUAUAAACGUUGCUGACUCGCUGCUGCCAUUGUCAAGGUAUUGCUCUGAAGUUGACACACUUUCUUGAAUCUUGUAAGAACACUGUCAUUUAAGAAUGGUUCUUUUCUCUAGAACUUCACAUUCCUUUCCCUUAGGCCUUGCAAAUUUUAUUCUGUUAAGUGCAAGAUGACUGACUGAGUAGGAAAACGUCCGAUUUACUGGAAACAUAUAUCCAGAGACUAAGGAAACGUUCUGAAGUUUACUAUUAAAAAAAAACUCCAACUACAGAGUUAUCUGUCUACACUUGACAAGGAGCUUAAUCUUUUUCAUUGCACCAAAAAAUCCCGUGAUCUAGAACAAUUCAACAUAUAUAAGAAAGCUGCACGUGAAUGUAUUAACCAGGGAAAAAGUUCAUUCCACAUUUUCUUUAAAGUACAGCAAACAUUGACUGGGGAAAGAUUACAAAAGAAUACGCCAGAAAUAAAAUAAAAUUUUAAAUCUAGAAUUUAGAGAACCAAACACGUGUACCUAGUCUAGUUUGUAAAGGAAGUUCUAGCAUUAAUUAAGUGACAAUAAGUAAAGAUACAGUAAAUAAGUAGUCUAAUUAGCAGCCACAACUUUCCAUGAAAAGAAGAUCCAGAGUUCCAAGUUUUGACCCGUGAACUAUCAAAGAAGAUGGAAAAAAAAAAAAAAAAAAGCGGCACCAGGUUUUUCCUUCAAAUACCAUGAAAUGAUGAGACCAGAAUAGCUGAAGAAAGUACUACUUUGCAAAACAUAGAGGAUCAGGGAAGGCAAUUUAGCAUAUUUCCUUACUAUUCAUGCAUUAUUUAUGAAGCACAAAUUAUUGCCUUCUUUUGUGGUUCAAAGAGUUUCAUGAUCCUUCAUCUUAGGAAUAAUGUCAAGGCAAGUUCCAUCCAGAACAAGUGAAAGAAACUAACCUCUUACGCGCAAGGCACAAAGGAUACAAUGUAGGUGGCUGUUGCCUGUUGUAGCAUUCAUUCAUGUGGGAACACAGAAAAUUUGGCCCGAUAAAAACAAAAGCCAAAUCCAAUAAAGUACUAAUUUCAUAACAAAAAGAAAGAUCCUAACAUACUUUAAAAGAAAAUGCAUCCAAUUACCAAAGUAAAGCAGCAAACCAGUCACCCCCUCCUGACCCAGUCUUUCUCAUUACCACAAAAAUGAAAACCUCAAUCUCAUCUCCACCUAGCUCUUCUCUCCACGUUCUUCUUCUUCUUCUUCUUCUUCUUGCAAUUUCUCUUCCAUCAAUCCAAUGUGAUGAUCUGGUAGAACAAAUAUGUAAGAAAACACCUUUCUAUGACUUGUGCAUCUCUACCUUGAGAUCAAACUCUAAUAGCACUAACUCAGAUGUUAAAGGCCUGGCAAGUGUGAUGGCUGACAUUCUGCUGGCAAAUGCAACUGACACAUUGAAUUACAUCCGAGCUCAGAUAAACCAAACAUCGGACCCCCAGAUGGAGAGAGCACUUGCUUAUUGUGCAGAACUUUACAUUCCAGUUGUCAAGUACAAUCUUCCUCAAGCCAUUGAUGCUUUGAGCAAAGGCCAGUUUGCAUUUGCCAGUGAUGGGAUAUCUGAUGCCGCUAGGGAGGCAGAUGCUUGUGAAAAGAAUUUUUCAGGGUCUUUGAAAUCACCAUUAAGUGAUAGGAACAAACUUCUUCAUAGCCUCUCUGAUGUGGCGGUAGCCAUUGUCAAGGUAUUGCAGAAGGGUUAAUAACUAUAAAUUUACUUAUAUCUUUGUUUAUUUUCUGCUUCUGUGUAGUCAUGAAACCUUGUGUACUUAUUUUCUGCCUGUAAAUUUUAUUCUGUUGGGUUGGAAGUGUUGUACUUCAGAGCUAAGAAAGAUGCUUCAACUUUCGACCAUACAAUUAGCAUCUUUCUUGUCUUCAUUGCUUACUGUUCCUUUCUCUUUCCUGUUCUGUCGUCUUUUUCUGGGCUAUAUGCAUGGGCUGAAAUGGUUUUUUGGGCUUUGUGAGGUUUUAAGUAUGGCAGACUGGAAGAGUGAGUAUUGAUUCUUAAUCUAAAGUUGUAAACUAGAUUUUUAUAACAAAAAGAUCAAAAGAA